AUGUCGUCAAUAUUCGAUGAACAUCGAUUGGAUAUAAUGCAGGGUCUUAAAGCAGCAAAGCCUUUGACCAGCAUGUUGUCACAACAAGGAAUGAAUGUUCCAUUGUCAGCUGCUGCAGGUUUUGAACUUGUUGAUGAUUCAAUAGUGCCCUCCACAUCGACUACAUUGACAACAACAUUGACAGAUACACAGCCACCAUUCAUAUAUGCACUGCCUAAUGAAGUGCUAGAAGUUGUCAUGAAGAACUUUGAAUCAAGUGAUAUCUGCUCCAACAUAUCACCAAUCUCACGGCACUUUCAUCAACUGGCCAAGAGCAAGUCCCUUUGGCAACAUCUAUGUAUAAAGGACUUUCGAAUCAGCAAGAACAUCAAUAAUAUAUUAAGAGACUCUGUUGAUUGGCGAAGAGAGUAUAUUGGAAUGUAUAGGACAUUGAGUGAGAUGUGCUUCACGCCUUUGUAUUUGAGCGAUGAGUCGUCUCUCAAAUUGGAUAGAUUACAACAGGCUAGAUUGCAUAGCCAUCCCUAUGCCAAUCGUUACGCGCCCAUCACCAUACUCAACACGCGCAGGUCCAAGCCUGACUCCACCCUCUUCAUCCAGUCGCGCAAAAAGGUUGCGCCACUACCCUACGGCAACUUCAACUAUGCCUACUUUGAGAUCACCCUCAUCGCAGCUGGUGUCGACCAGAAUGUAUUUAUAGGCUACUCUACAUCUUGUGAGACGAAUGAUAAGAAGCAGGUGUUGAAGAGUGCAGUCAGCUAUCAUGGAGGCGACGGUGGCAUGUACCCCAACCCAGUGAUGGGCAAGGAGAUCAGCGAUCCAUGGGAGUGUAAUGAUACGGCAGGCUGUGGAAUCGACUUUAUCAACAAGCAUAUCUUCUUCACAAAGAAUGGCGUGCUGAUUGGCAAGACGACGCCAUCGCUCAGCAUCAACAGACUGUACGCCACGAUCGGCACCAUAUCCUACGGCGACAAGUUCAGCAUCAACUUUGGCAAUCGCCCGUUCGAGUUUGAUCUGGUGCAGCACCAGAAGGAGGCGCGCUCGCCCCUCAAGUACCCGCUGUACUCGAUGGCCACGACAAUGUGCGAGCGCUACCUGUGCGAGUUCUUUGAUGACGUGCACUCCAAGUACCUCGACGAGGAGAUGAACAAGAUCACGACGCCCGUCAACAAGGAGAUCGCCUACCUCUCCAACUUUGACGAGUACCCCAACACGGACCGCAUCAUGAAGAACAAGAUACACAAGUACUGCCAUCAGAUUGGCCAGCAGAUCAAUGGCGGCUUCACAAUAUCACCAGAGGACCAGACCAACAUUGCUGAGCUGAGGCGCGGCCUGGCCUGGUACUGGGUGGCCACCAAGCAGCACCACCUCUUGCUUCACUUUGUGCGCUCCUCAAUGCAGUCGACAGACAUUGACCUGAAGUACUCACCGACGAUCGAGCUGGUGCCCAUGCCUGGCGAUGACAUCACUUUCCUCGAGGAACUGGCCAAGCGACGCAUGGCCAAGGAGAUUGGCGUCUUGUUGCAGUCCAACCUCGAUGUGGCUCAUCCAUUUGUCACGUCGGUGAUUCGUCACGCCGCCGCCUCUGUGCAGCGCUUCGAGCAGAAUAUUGUGGAGGAGCAACGCGCCAUCUACGUCGAGUUUGAGCAGAUGUUGCAGGCGGCCGAGCAAACUGAUCAGCGCAUGUUCCUUGCGCUCUCACUUUCAAUCAUCAUUCAGACCAAGGAGAUCAUCAAGAACAAUCGUGCGAGGAAGGAGCGUCGAAUCAAGUUCAUGCGCAAGGAGAAGGACAUGAAGCGACAAGAGAUGGAGCAUCUUAACAACAUUGGUGUCAACUUGGAGAGUCUUCUCGAGUGCAACAUGGAGAUCAGUUCAUUCGUAGUACCUCCAGGCGGCGAACAGGCCUCCCAACCUCAUGCCGCACCCGAGAUUGUGGUGAUGGAGAACAAUGGUGGCAAUGGAGGAAGCAGCAGCAUUGGCGGCAGCAACAGCAGUAACAACAGCAUCAAUGUUAAUGAGCUACAAAAUGACCUAAUCAACAACAAUGGUAACAGUAUAUUGGAGGAACUUGAGAACUUUGAAAUGACCGAAUAUCAAAAGUCGAGGAACAGACUACAUUACUUGGAGCGUUGUUUGGGGACAUUGAAACAGGAGAUCAGAGUGCUAUCGGAGCCCAUGUCAGAGGCUGCGAUCGAUAUCAUUGUGUGGACAUAUUUGCGACUGUCACUCAACAUCAAGACCAACCAGGACAUUGUCAUCUCGAAAAAGUCCGUCGUCGAGACACUCAUGGCCGAGCACAACAAGAUUGAGAACGAAAUCAAGAAGCUGGAGAACGAGAUCAAGAAGCUCGAGGUCAUUCGUCUCGAGCGCGCCACACGCAGGAACUCGCAGUUGUCCUUUGUCGACAGCAUACUCACGGCAAACAAUCAACCCGACUCAUUGAUGGCGUCGUCGUCCAAUGGCGGAGACAUCUCCAUCAACAUCCACGACGAGGCCGCCAGCAGCAGCAGUAGCAGUAGCAGCAGCGGCAGCAGUGUACAUACAGGAUCGCCAGGCUCAUCGAUACAAGAGAUCUCAGUGGACAGCUCCUCGGAGGAUGUUCUGUCACCAUUGUGGAUCAACAAGAGGAAGAACCGAUUACUCCCCAACAGACGUUCGGUGGUUGCUGCCACUGUGAUAAUCUUUAGCUUUGUCGUUAUCCUCCUGAUCAUCCUCCUGUCUGUCCUACUAAGCGAACGAUAA